UUACUUCAUUGUUUGAUGAAACAAAGCAAUACAAGGAAAGUGGUGUCUACUAUCAAUAGUCUUCCUUUAUGGGGAAGUGAGGGAAAUAAAUAACCCACUUUGGGACACUAAAGAUGGAGUCACCAGGCAGAGAGGAGGAGACAUACGUGCUGGUGGAAUAUGCCUUUGAAUAUACCUCCAAGGAUGGCCACCUUAUCACAAUCAAACCCAAUGAGAGAUACAUACUUUUAAGGCGAACCAAUGACCAUUGGUGGCAUGUUAGGAAGAGCAAAAAUUCCCAGCCUUUUUACAUCCCAGCUAAGUAUGUCAGAGAGUUGAGCUCCUUCGUGCUUUCUGAAAAGCCAUGUCACACAACACAGAUGAAGGCUAUCAAUUUAGGGACCUCCAUUGGAGUUGGCAGUGAUCAAUUGCCAGAGUAUGAAUAUCGAUUUGUGACAGGUGUUCAAGAAUGCAAAACAGAUACCUCACAGCAGUAUUCCAGUUACUUAAAGAUGGGAACAGUGAAGUCUCUGGAAGAUAAUGGGAAGAAUCUACCCACUUCUAGAGCAGGGAGAGGCACACAGCCCCCUCUCAGUGCCUCAUACAGUUCUUAUAAGCCACUUUACCUGACAUACUCUAAUCCUCCUCUGGCCUCCCAAGGCGGUUCUGCUAAGUACAUGAGGCCUGCUGUAUCUCUGGAUGACUUGACAAGAUUCACAUCUCCCACCCAGGCAGGUGUGGGGAACUCAGGAUUGUACAAAGCUGCUUCGUGGACUCAUCCUCACCCAUUUCUGAAGAAUAAUUCUGAAAACAUCUGUAAAUUGGUGAAGGACCAAGUGAUACAGGACAUGCAGGAAUGCUGUGUCAAAGAGGUACUCUGA